CUCAGCUCAAACUCAAACUCUCACCAGCAACAGCAGCUCAGCCGGUCCGAGAGGAAAAUAAACUUUAAUUUUUGUUUUUCUGCAAAAUUUCGAAAAUGUUGCUCAGAAAAAUAUACCAGGUUGGAUAUCGUCCCACCAAUCGUCUCUUCGCCACUUUUCCUCCGAGCUAUAUCCACCCCAUUUUUCGCCACGCUGACCAAGUCGCUCUUCAGGAGGCGAAUGACUUCGAGCGCCAUACUUUCCUCCCAGUCCGCCCGGCGAAUAGUAGUCAAACCUCGUCCGUCUUUUACGACCCACUCGUCGCCAAAUUUACUAACCAUAUUAUGCGAAAAGGGAACAAAAUCUUGGCCAGGGGACUGCUCGAAAAUACCUUCAUGGAAAUUAAGAGGGUCCAACUCGCCAAAUAUGCCACCAAUCCUAACGUGGAGUUAAACCCGUACAAACUUUUACACCAGGCUGUCGCCAACUCGCGUCCCUUCCUCCAAACGACCCCGAUCAAGCGGGGCGGUCACACUUAUCAGGUUCCCAUUCCCAUCAGGCCAAAUGCCAGUUUGGCCAUUGCGUUGGAAUGGCUUAUCAACGCGGGGAAGGAGAAGGAUGACGAUACGAGGUUUUGGAAGCAGUUAGCCAAAGAAAUUAUCGACGCGGCGGAAGGAGUGGGCAAAGUAAUCAAGCGAAAACAGGAUCUCCACCGAGUUUGUGAAGCUAACCGAGCCUACGCUCAUUAUCGAUGGGGUUAAAGACAACGUAGUUAAUUGUGCAGUUUUAAUAGUAAUAAUUAAGUUUAUAAUAAUUAGUUUAUGUAGUAACACACGUGAUCUAAAUAAUAUAAUCUUGUAAUUUAAACUAAUUCACACCGUAAACUGUGUAAAGAUGUGUUCACUCUUUCUUGCUAACCUACGCCAUAGUUAAACUAUAGCAUUGGCGCAAGUUGCUAAAAUCAUGUUAAAAUUUGUGAAAUUGUUUUUUUGUAGAAUGAGACUACUAAUAAGUUUGUAAUGAAUUCAGUUUUCCUUCGUAAUCUUUGCAAAUUUGAAGGUUUGCAAGUUUACUAAUUUUGAUUUUUUUUGGAUAAUUUUGUUUGGAAAAUUUAUUGCGACCAGUUAACAAUUUUGGUGACUUUAACUAGCCUUUAAAACUGUUUGAAUCCUAAUUUGACCAGGAACUCGACGCAACCUAAGCGAAGUCGUUAAUUAAUUUCACAAAAUUUAAUAAACGGCUUUAAAGUUACAACAAGGUUUAAAAGCAUUCUGUAAUCUGAUUUUGUGUGAACUUAAUUUCGUAAAUUUCUUAGCAUUUUUUUAUAAGUAGUACAGUAACAAAUUUGAGGUACAAGUUCGGUAUAUAAAAAUAAAUCCAAGCCAGAAAUAAUCAA